UUCUUUACUUCCGGGUCGGAGGAACACUUCCGGGGAAACACAGUGUACUCUUAGAGCCCUUUUUGUGUGUGUUUUGGGGGUGGGCAUCUGGAAGAAGAAGAAGGAGGCGGAGGCCUGGGCUCCUGGGAGGGAGAGCGGGGCGCCAUGAGCGGUCUGCAGAACAAUGUUGCCAGAAGACAAUUUCUGCUGGAAAGAUUAUUGGAUGCAGUUAAACAGUGCCAGAUCAGAUUCGGAGGAAGAAAAGAGAUUGCGUCUGAUUCAGACAGUAGGGUUACUUGCCUCUGUGCUCAGUUUGAAUCUGUGCUUCAGCAUGGUUUGAAGAGGACCCGGGGAUUAGCCUUAACUGCAGCAGCAAUCAAACAGGCAGCAGGCUUCUCCAGUAAAACUGAAAUGGAGGCUAUUUUCUGGUACUACGUGAAAGAAGUUCUUAAUAAACAUGAGCUACAACGCUUCUACUCCUUGAAGAAUAUCACAACAGAUGUUGGCAGAGGUCGUGCCUGGUUACGCUGUGCACUAAAUGAACAUUCCUUAGAAAGAUACUUUCAUAUGCUGCUUGCAGAUAAAAAUCAGCUUAGUGUCUUCUAUGAAGACUGGUCCUUCAUGAUGGAUGAAGAACGCUCUAGUAUGAUUCCCACUAUGGCAGCUGGAUUGAAUUCUAUUCUAUUUGCAAUCAACAUUGAUAACAAGGAUUUGAAUGGGCAAAGCAAGUGCCCACCCACAGUUUCCGACCUUCUUAAGGAAUCUACACAGAAUGUUACCUCUUUAUUGAAGGAAUCUACCCAAGGGGUUAGCAGUCUCUUCAAGGAGAUCACAGCAUCCUCUCCAGUUUCCAUUUUAAUGAAAUCUGAGCAAGAUGCUGACCCCUUGCCAAUUCUGUCAAAGAGUGUUAGUGGUGGUUCACCGUAUGGGCUUCCUUACCUUCUGCCGGUCAUCGGUGCACGGCUCGAGUUCGAUACCAAGGGUCUUGCGGCCAGCCUUUUCCGUGGAUGGAUUGCCCAGAUUACGUCCAGGUGGCGCCUCAACGGACAAUAUUACCACGAAUAUAUUCACGAGCCCUCGCCACAGACCCAUCGCCCGCCCCGUGUGGGAGGCUCCCCUCUCCGCUCCCUUGACUGUCUUUCUCAACCUCCCUCCCGCUCCAACGCCCCGGGGUUGGAGGCUAGGCACACGUCUGGCCAGAGCCAAGUUGAGGAUGUCUUCCUGAACCGUGAGAGGGCACAGUUACUUCUGUCGGUAUCACAUGGCGUGUGCCAUGACACGGACAGGAUCUGCGACUCAUCCCGUUCGUUGACGAUCGAAUGUGCGCCGCCUAGUGAUUCUCGGUUGCGCCAUCCCGGCGUGGCGCAUGCACCGGUUACCGUGGUUCUCGCGAAUUCCGCCUACGAGCCAAUUUGUUAUUCCCACUACUGCGAGUCCUAG